AACACUCCUAGUUGCUGGCUUCUGUUACGAUUUUUUCGCCGUCUUUAAAACCAUACCCAAAAUCUUAUAUCCUCUAAACCCAAAAACAAAACAAAAAAAAACAAAAAAUGGUUAAUGAGCAAAAAAGAUUUGCUCUGUUCUUGGCCACAGGCGAUUCAACGUUGGUGAAAAAGACGUACGGUGGAUAUUUCAACGUGUUUGUUUCGACUUUUGGGGAAGAGGGUGAGAAAUGGGAUCUGUUUCGUGUGAUCGACGGUGAGUUUCCGGACGAUAAGGAUCUGGAUAAGUAUGAUGGUUUUGUUAUCAGUGGAAGCCUUCAUGAUGCUUUUAGUGACGAUGAUUGGAUCGUUAAGCUUUGUUCUCUUUGCCAAAAACUUGACGACAUGAAGAAGAAGGUUCUUGGCAUCUGCUUCGGCCACCAGAUACUAUGUAGAAUCAAAGGAGGGAAGGUAGGAAGGGCGAGUAGAGGUGUGGAUAUGGGACUAAGAACCAUAACAAUGGUUCAAGACGCUGUGAAACCGGGUGGUUACUUUGGAACCGAGAUUCCGAAAUCACUAGCCAUCAUAAAAUGCCACCAAGACGAAGUGCUUGAACUCCCUGAAUCAGCAACAUUGCUUGCUUAUUCAGACAAAUGCAACGUGGAGAUGUGUUCCUUUGGAGAUCACUUCCUCUGCAUCCAAGGACACCCUGAGUACAACAAAGAGAUUCUUUUCGAGAUCAUUGAUCGCGUCGUCAAUAUGAAGUUGAUGGAGCAAGAUUUUGCGGAUAAGGCAAAGGCAACGAUGGAGAGGGCGGAACCAGAUCGGGAGAAAUGGCAAACUAUCUGCAAAAACUUUCUGAAAGGAAGAUCCGAGCAAGUUUAGAUGAUGAACAAAUGAUGUAAAAUUGGUUGGAUGAUUUG